AUGUUUUGCUGUGAGAUAAAGGUUGAUGAUGGAGGCUAUGUCGAUGGUGUUUCCUGGUUACGAGGGAGCGAAGAAAUAAGAAUAGGGAGCACCUCCACCGAUUUGGUGGUUCAUCGCAGUAGUGGAGUGGCUGGGGCUAUUCUGGCAACCUCUUCACCACUUCGUUUUCUUGUUCCAGUUACUGUCGAUGAGAGGGGGAGGAAGGCAGAAAGAAAACGAAACAGGGGGUGUUUUGGGUUGCUUGGUGUGUCGUAA